CGUCUUUCACCAAGCUCUCUAUCUCGUCUUCCUGCCAUGCCGUAACUCACCCUACACCGGAGACAGCAAAACCCUAAUACCAUUUUCCUUCAAACAUUCUUACACCUUUUGGCAAAUCCUAAUUUCUCUCUAGGGUUUGAAUUCACCGACUGCUAAGGAUGAUGUACAAUGAUCCUCAACAGCAGCAGCAACCACAGCAGCAGCAGCAACAGCCAAUAUAUCAGCAACACCCUCCUCCACCACCGCCACAACAGCAAAUGAUGCAGCAACAUCAACAUCACCAGCACCACCACCAACAGCAGCCACCACCGCAUCAAUUUCACCAGCCGCAGCAAAUGGGAGAGUUUCAGAGGGGUCCGCCGCCGCAGCAGCAUCAACAACAACCACAGCCACCGCCGCCGCAGAUGAUGCGUCAGCCUUCUGCUUCUUCCACCACUCUUGGUGGUUCUCAAGAGUAUCACCAACAGCUUGCUCAUCCUCCUUUCGACGCCCAUGCCGACAAUUUUGCUGCCAAAAGAAUGAGAAAAAUUGGACAGCGAAGAGCUGUUGAUUAUACGAGCACUGUUGUGCGAUAUAUGCAGACCCGUUUAUGGCAACGAGAUGCAUGGGACAGGACAGUAUUACAACCGACUCCUGCUGCAGCAAUCGAUAUGUUACCAACGGUUGCCUAUUCAGAUAAUCCAUCCACCAGCUUUGCUGCAAAGUUCGUGCAUACAUCACUAAACAAAAACCGCUGUUCAAUCAAUCGUGUACUGUGGACUCCUACUGGUAGGCGUCUUAUAACUGGUUCACACAGUGGGGAGUUCACAUUAUGGAAUGGUCAAUCUUUCAAUUUCGAAAUGAUUCUGCAGGCUCAUGAUCAACCAAUCAGGUCUAUGGUAUGGAGUUACAAUGACAAUUGGAUGGUCACUGGUGAUGAUGGAGGCUCUAUAAAGUACUGGCAAAACAACAUGAACAACGUGAAAGCUAAUAAAUCUGCACACAAGGAAUCUGUCCGUGACCUAAGCUUUUGUAGAACAGAUUUAAAGUUCUGUUCCUGCUCUGAUGACACAACUGUUAAAGUUUGGGACUUUGCUCGUUGCCAGGAGGAGCGUUCUUUAUCCGGCCAUGGUUGGGAUGUGAAGAGUGUUGACUGGCACCCUACCAAGUCUUUACUAGUUUCAGGUGGGAAAGACAAUCUUGUGAAGCUUUGGGAUGCUAAAUCUGGGAGAGAGCUAUGUUCAUUUCAUGGGCACAAGAAUACUGUUCUUUGCGUCAAAUGGAAUCAAAAUGGUAAUUGGGUGUUAACUGCAUCUAAGGAUCAAAUUAUCAAGCUAUAUGACAUUAGAGCUAUGAAAGAACUACAAUCAUUUCGUGGUCAUCGGAAGGACGUCACUGCACUGGCUUGGCAUCCGUUCCAUGAGGAGUAUUUUGUUAGCGGGAGUUUUGAUGGAUCAAUCUUCCACUGGCUAGUAGGGCAUGAAACUCCACAAAUCGAAAUUCCAAAUGCACAUGAUAGCUGUGUCUGGGACCUUGCAUGGCAUCCCAUUGGCUAUCUUCUUUGCAGUGGCAGCAGCGACAACACAACAAAAUUUUGGUGCAGAAAUAGGCCUGGGGAUCCAGCUCGUGAUAAAUUCAACAUGGGCCAUAAUCAAGGGUACAACGACCAAAAUUCUGCUCUUGCUGGCCGCAUGCCUGUUAAUUUUCCUGGACCUGAGCCACCAACUACUCCUGGACCAUUUGCUGGAUUGAAUCGGAAUGAAGGUACUAUUCCUGGGAUCGGAGUGGCAAUGCCUUUGUCUCUAGAUGCAUCAACACAGGGAGAGCAAAAACCACCCAUAUCCUCGUCAAUGCCAUUAGGGGCUCCUCCUUUACCACCCGGUCCACAUCCAUCUCUUUUUGCAGUUAAUCAGCAGCAAAAUUAUCAACAGAAUGCUCAGCAAGCCCAGCACCACCACCAAGGGCAUCAACAGCAAAUGACAUCCCUGCAGCCACCAAAUAUGCAACAGUUACAACAUCAAACUCAUAUGCCACUUCUGCCACACCCUCAUUUGCCUCGGCCUCCACCCCAGUUACCUCCUCAUAACAUGCCAUCUUCAAUGCAAGGAUCUAUGCCCAUGCAUGGUCAAAUGGGCACAAUGAAUCAGAUGGGACCGCCUAUGCAGCAAGGCCAUUUUAUGGGCAUGAAUCCUAUGCAUUCGGGACCUGGAGGUGCACCACCAGGUGGCAUUCCAAAUAUGCAGGGCCCAUCAAGUGCGAGUGGGAACCAGAUGUAUCCAUCAGGGGGUGCAUUUAAUCGACCUCAAGGUGCGCAGAUGCCCCCAAUGCCAGGACUAGGUCCUUAUCAGCCAGGGAAUCCAAGUGGUACUGGCAUGGGACCUAAUUUCAGUAUGCCUUCUGGUAUUGUUCCACCGCUGCCUCCUGGCCCCCCACCACAUGGACAAACACCUCAGUAGGACUUAUAUGUACAUUUCGUUGCGUUUGUUCCUUCUGAUCGAUUUUCCUUUCUUUCUUUAUCAUUUUUUCCGGAAAAAAGGUAGGUGGGGGUGUUGUUAAGCAAAAGAAUGGAAAACAAGUCUCCAAAAUUUCGUUGGUUGGGAAUUAAGCUUCUUUCAUUGAGUUCUACAUGUAGCCUGUAGAUUACUUGACUUCACAGCUACCAGUUUCUCUUGUUGAUGAAUCUUGAAGUGUAUUUCUAUGCAGGUGUAAGUCUUAAAAAAUGAACGAGUGAGCUUUGUAUUUCAUUCCGUUUGAACUACUUGAUUGGUAACCUAUUUUCAUGUAGACAAAUAUAUCAUAGAUAUUUUUAAUUCAUCAUCUA